UGAGCAUUCGUUUGUUCCAUUCUCUCUCUCUGCCAAAGAAUUGGAGCAAUUCUCACUAUUACUCAUUUUCCUCAAGAAAAAGGAAGACUACUCUCACCCCAUCAAUUUACUUUCCUACCUACCUUUAGAGUGUAGAAUGAUGGGCACAAGCUUCAGACCUAUACAAGGCGGCCGAAUCUGCCAAUGUCCACCAACAGCUCUAUCCAAAUUGGACAAGCUAAUAAGAUUUGGCCCCCUCUAUUGUAUCGGCGAGGACAUGAAAUUCAAAAAGUUAAAAGAGGAUGCGUGGCAGCACGUCAUAAAUAACAGUGGACAGAUCUCUGAAAAAACAAUAGACACAUAUCAGUCAACUAUUAAAAGCUUUGAGCCAACUAUCCAAGAUAUGUACAUCUUUCAUGAUGGAGGAAGGUUGUCUUCGGAUGAACCGGAGGUGAACAAAAACCUGGAAUGUCUAGUCAUGGAUGGUUGCUUUUUCCUGAUAGUAGUCUUGAAUCUCUUAGGUGCAACAGCAAAUGGCCUCCAUUACUUGCCCGGUCAAUUCAUUUGGGGAAGCUAUCUGUCUCAAAUUGAGACACAGAGUUUGAAGAAGCUUUUUCUAAAGUCGAUAAUUUUCCCCGGAAAUCAACUGCCAUUUCUUGUGCUUGAUGAACUCCUACGACAGACUUUCUUCCGAGAAAUUAUAACACAAAAAGUGAAAUGGUACCCGCCAGAAGAUGAUGUGUUGCUUCGAGUACUUUAUGAUUUGAUUGUUUUGCCGCUUCAACGGAAUGCCGACUACUAUGGUACGUGGUUAUGCCGUUUUGAAGCGUGUGAUUCAUUUAAGGAUCCCCCGAAUGACAUACUCCAUGAGCUUUACUUGCGGUUGGUUGGAAGGAGACCAACAAGUGAUGAAACUGAAGAGGAGUGGGAUAUACUGCUGGACAUGGGAGAUGGCAACGAGGAAGAGAGGGAGAGGUUCCCGUGUGCCAAGGAUUUGAGCAAUUCAGGGAUUCGNGGAAGAAGACGUGUUGCUUCGACGUGUGAUUCAUUUAAGGAUCCCUCGAGUGACAUACUCCAUGAGCUUUACUUACGGUUGGUUGGAAGGGGACCAACAAUUGAUGAAACUGAAGAGGAGUGGGAUAUACUGCUGGACAUGGGAGAUGGCAACGAGGAAGAGAAGGAGAGGUUCUCGUGUGCCAAGGAUUUGAACAAUUCAGGGAUUCGGUUUGAGGGGGUACAAAACAUAGGGAUAAAAGACAUUACUCUACGCCGCUACUUUAGAUGUGCAGUUUUGCGCUUGCCCAUCUUAGCUCUCAACCAAAGUAACAUUCUUAUGCUUGAGUCACUGAAGGAAUAUGAGAAAAUUCAGCAACUCCCCGAGCGAGAUGUGACUGCAUACUUGCAGCUUUUGUGUGACAUGGUCCAAACAUAUAAUGAUGCUGCUAUUCUUGUCUCACAAGGGAUAAUCCGUGUGAGUCCACAUAGAGUCCAUCAGGUUCCUCAAUUAUUGAAGAACCUUGCUCACUUGAAUGAGUCUGAAACUCUUUUACCAUUGAAUAGUAGCAGCCUGCAGCUUGUGGGAUUUAAAGUUGGACAAUUCUUAUUGUGGGUGAAGUUUUGGAAAAAUGUGUGUAAUGUGAUAACUAGUGAAAGGCUUCAACCUUUUGCUUCUGAACUGAUUCUUGUAAGAGAGAGGGAGAAGAAGAGAAAAUGGAGAGAUACAGGCUGUGACAGUUUCUCUUCAAACUAA